ACACUCAUUACCCCCCACGCACACACACCGGUCUCCGCUGCGUCGUCCGAUCAUCGGUGACAACCCUCUUCUCAUUUCUCCCCGAGGAGAGAGGACUACAUCGUGGUAGCAGCAGCAGCAGUAUCAUCUCUUCGGAGCGCUUCGUAUUCACGAGGGAGUGAGCGCCCCUCUGGAUUGCGAGAGGGCAUCGGAUCGCCGCCGGGGAGGCAUGAGCCCGGCCCAGGCAUCGCAACCCAAGCCACCGCUGUUUUGGUGACGAAGUGAUCGCCCUCACCACAACGGUCGCUGCCUAAUAUCCCACGAAGGUUUUAGCGUGCGACGCUCGGGAAAAUCAGCCUCAGAACCACGGUCGACAAAAUUCACGUAACUUUACCGGCGGCUUGAAACUCAAUUUGCGGCGGCAGAUCAACUCGAAUCUCGGCCAAGCCUUCGUUUAGACCCGUAGCGAAAGCAUCGGAAGAAAAAAAAAACACCCCUCUCGAUCCGUCGAAGUAACGAAGGCCUCGGGCACGGAGGGGCUCGUCAUGGAGGAGGCGAGGGACCGUCCCGCGUUCCUGCAGGGGGCGCGCGACAUCGCACGCGAGGUGAAGCGGCAGGCGGCCAAGAAGGUCGGACGCGGCUCCGACCAGAUCCAGGACCAGUACACGCGGCGCUCGUACUCGCGCUUCACGGGCGACGAGGACGACGACGAGGACGAGGACUGGAGGGCGGACGCCAGGGACGCGCGCAGCGACGGGCGGCCGCCGCCUCCCGGCGCGAAGGGGGACAGCAACGAGGAGGGUUCGAGCGACGCCACGGAGGGGCACGACGACGAGGCGGACGCGGAGGGAUACGAGGGGGAGUACCAGGGAGCCUCCGACGGGGUCAAGGUCGCCCACGCCACGGAGCCGAGCAAGAGCGCGUCCUGGGACACGGAGGCGGGCAGGCGGAGCGACCGCGAGGAGCUGUCGCAGCAGUACGAGCUCAUCCUGCAGGAGUGCGCCCACGGCAAGUUCCAGUGGAGCCUCUUCUUCACACUGGGGCUGGCGCUCAUGGCUGACGGCGUCGAGAUGUUCGUCGUGGGCUUCGUCCUGCCCAGCGCCGAGAAAGACAUGUGCCUCUCGAGCCAGAACAAGGGAUGGCUCGGCGGAUUCGUGUAUGUGGGGAUGAUGCUGGGCGCCGUGUUCUGGGGCGGCCUGGCCGACAAGAUCGGCCGUCGGCAGUGCCUCCUCAUCUCGCUCUCCUUCAACGGCUUCUUCACCUGCCUCUCGUCCUUCGUGCAGGGAUACGGGGCCUUCCUCUUCUGCCGCUUCCUGUCGGGCAUUGGGAUCGGCGGGACGGCUCCGGUCGUCUUUUCGUACUUUGCGGAGUUCCUGUCGCGCGAGAAGCGGGGCGAGCACCUGAGCUGGCUGUGCAUGUUCGGCAUGAUCGGAGGCAUCUACGCGUCGGCCAUGGCCUGGGCCAUCAUCCCACAUUAUGGCUGGAGCUUCAGCAUGGGCUCCGCCUACCAGUUCCACAGCUGGCGAGUGUUCGUCAUCGUGUGCGCGCUGCCCGCCGUCUCCUCCGUCGUGGCGCUCACCUUCAUGCCCGAGAGCCCGCGAUACCUGCUCGAGAUGGGCAGGCACGACGAGGCCUGGAUGGUGCUCAAGCAAGUCCACGACACCAACAUGAGGGCCAAGAAGCAGCCUGAGAAGGUCUUCACCGUGACCCAGAUCAAGAUGCUGAAGCAGCAGGACGAGAUGGUGGAGAUCGAGACGAGCACGGCCAUCUGGUACCGCCGCUGGAUCGCGCGCGUCCUCUCGCAGCUCAAGGCUAUCUGGCGCACGCUGAAGCAGUGCUUCGAGCCGCAGCUGAAGCGGACGAUGAUGCAGCUCGUCGCCGUGUGGCUCCUGCUGUCGUUUGGGUACUACGGGCUGAGCGUGUGGUUCCCCGAGAUGAUCAAGCAGCUGCAGGCCGACAACUACGCGUCGCACCUGAAGGAGUUCGACAAGGAGCGGGUCACCGACCAGACCUUCAACUUCACGCUGGAGAACCAGGUUCACCGCGACGGGGAAUACAUCAACGACCGGUUCGUCAAAAUCAAGUUCAAGCACGUCAUCUUCGAGAAUUCCCUCUUCAAGAACUGCGACUUCGAUGACAUCACCUCCACGAACACGUUUUUCAAGAACUGCACCUUCAUCGGCACCACGUUUUACAACACAGAUCUCUAUGACUUCAAGUUCGUGAACAGCCGGCUGAUCAACAGCACGUUCCUCCACAACAAGAAGGGCUGCCACAUCGACUUCAGCAGCGACUACAGCGCCUACUGGGUCUACUUCGUCACCUUCCUGGGCACCCUCGCCGUGCUGCCCGGCAACAUCGUCUCCGCGCUGCUCAUGGACAAGAUCGGCCGCCUCAACAUGCUGGGCGGCUCCAUGGUGCUGUCGGGGAUCAGCUGCUUCCUGCUGUGGUUCGGCAACAGCGAGGCGACCAUGAUCGGCAUGCUGUGCCUCUACAACGGCCUCACCAUCUCCGCUUGGAACUCGCUCGACGUUCUCACCGUGGAGCUCUUCCCCACCGACCGCAGGGCCACGGGGUUCGGCUUCCUGAACGCGCUCUGCAAGGCGGCCACGGUGAUGGGGAACCUGAUCUUCGGCUCGCUCGUCUCCAUCACCAAGGCCAUCCCCAUCCUGCUGGCGUCCAGCGUGCUCGUGGCCGGCGGCCUCGUCUCGCUGCGGCUGCCCGACACGCGGAACCAGGUCCUCAUGUGAAGCCGACGACCCGCGGGAGGCGAGAGCAGGGAGCGGGCGGGCGGGCGAUCGCUCAGACGCAAACCUGCAGCGUGAUCUUGUGUGACGGGACGGGAGGGGGGGGGGCGGUAGAGGGGGGGGGGGCUUAUGAUAACUUGGCAGGGGCGGGAAGGAGGUGCAUGACACGGUCAGUGUCAAACAAACGUUCGAUGCUAAACACAACGAUUGAAUGAAUACGAUUUGCCAAAAUUUGGUCAAUUGCUCACAGAGCUGCUGGAUUGGUGAGACCAACCGGCAACGUCGCUCCCCUUGUGGCAGACUUGUGCCCACUUGCAGGCCGGUGCUGCGUUCACCCGGGGAGAGCUGCCACCCCUGCAGGGUAGUCCGUGGCCGUGGUGGUGGUGAUCCGCUUGUGACCACCGUGCGUUCUGCUCUCACUCUCGCCCCCUGUGUUUGAUACGAGGAGAGGCAAUUACCAACAGUUCUUGACUUGACUGUCACAAUUUAUAGAGGGGGCUCAGCCCCCCCCCCUCCUCCCCCGCUCCCCCCGAGACGCUGCCAGCCUCGCCGUGGAGCGCAGAGAGAGGCUGCGUCUGAUGCUGGACAACCCCGAGCGAGACAUUGAUUCGCUCCGCUGUUGCUCUUCGCAUGUUGUCGAUAAGGGGGCGGGGGGGGGCAGCGGAAGGGGGGGGAAGAAAUCUCAAAAGAGUUGCAAAUGCGCCCCGCUAGCGUGUUGUGCGUGCGUUAGCCAACACAAGCGUGAAAUUGCAUUUUUGUCGGUGAUGUUCAGCACUCGGCGCCCACCUCUGUAUUCGCCCUGACGACGCGCUGCUGCUCCAAAUUAUGACUACGGUUAUUUUUGUUCGAUCACAAAAUUCCCACACGAAUGCAAAGAGGCAGCGGGGUAUAUAUAUGUGUGUGUGUGUGCACGUACGGCGUUUGUCAUAGGUGGUGGAGGUGCAUCCUCUUGCUCACGGCACUGCUGCGGAAAGGGCAUCUGCUCAUGGGAGCUACAGAGAGCCCUCCUAGAGGGUCGUUGCCUAUUAUGAGAAUAGAUUUUCCCCUUUUUUUUCUGGCAACAAAACAGUUGUGUUAAGAUGUUAAAACACCAAACUGAAACCUUUUACAAGGCAUCAUGUCUGCAUUAACCACAAUACUUGUGGUCAGAAUACAAACAAUUAACAUACACUGAUAAUAUAUAUGCACUGUCUUUGAAACUGAAUGAUCCACACGGUGGUGUUUUAACAUCUCAACACUUGUUUUGUUGCCAGAAAAAUAAGGGGGAAAACCUAUUCUCAUAUUUCGGUACUGGCAAAGGAAGUCCCAUGAAGUUGUCCUAUUCUUCCACGCUGCCCAGACAUAUAUACAUAUAUACACACACGUGCGUGCGGGUAUAUUUGUAUUGUAUAUACAGAGGUCAUUGCGUGGCUUAGGGCAGCUGUAGGAAUGGUAGUGAGUUGCAGGCAGCUUAGAGUAGACACACGUACAAAACCAAAGACAAAGAUCCCCCGUAUAGCCUUGACAGACUUGUUGGGCAAGUGCCGUUCGCAAGCAGCCCCAUAUGAAGGCCGGAACGGCACACGAGGGGGUGGGUGGCCAACACCACGCCCGUACACACACACAUGCACACACACACAUACACACACACACACGUGCACGCGCAUACGCGAUGGGUGGUCAAGAGUUCGUCCGCUUGACCUUUUUACCCCCCCCCCCCGAUUUCUCCCACACGCAAAAAAAAAACAUUCCAAUAAGAAUUUUUGGCCAAACUUUGCAAUAACGAGGACCUUCUUUCAAUUAAAAGUGCUGAGGCAAUCGGCGAGGCUUUCCUUAAUAGGUAGAGAAAUAAUAUUGCCGUGUUUUUUUAUCAACUGCCAGUGAGAAGAGUGGGUUCAAUAUGCAAGGAGGCGUUGUGCAUCCGAGCGGGGGUGGAUUCGCGUACGCCGCGUGGCAAAACGCUCGUUGAUAGGCCGGGUCAGGGCCGGUUGGGGCCCGUUUGGGCCCCUGCAGACAUCCGCUGCCCCGUGCCAAAGGCAGGAAUCAUGGCGCACGCAUCUACCGCCAAUGGCUGAUAAGCACCCUGGGGCCGCAUCGUCUGCGAUGAGUUCCGUCCAGUAGUUACGUUUACUGCAUCAAACAAAAAACAACAAUAGAACUGGCAGUGUUUUGUAACGUUGUGAAGGAAAUUUUUUUUUUUUAAAAGGAGAGCUGGUUUAUUUUGUUGAUGUUACCGUAAGAAAUAGCCACGGCCGAAGCGGGAACGUUCGUGCUUUGUCAGAUUCAUAUCGGCCCCGAUGAUGAAGCAUGCGCGCGCGUGCCUGUGUGCGUAGUCCGACUGACUGCCGUGAUCAACGUUGGCGUUUUAGAUUUAAUUGCCCCUCCCUGGCGUGCUCAUCGGGGCCUUGCUAGUGCUAUUAGUUGUAUGUUAUAUUGAGUCUCCCGUCUCCCUAAGUCAACGAGUUAAAAGAGGAAUAUGAAAUGCAUACAGCUGGGUGUAUACUAGGUAGUCAGACACUACCGUAACCAAAGCACCAUUUUAAACCAAAUGGGAUUUUGUGAAAAUUGCUUCCCUCGACUGGAUCUUUGCAGAGCGUAUGUCCCUGGCGUCUAGGAGGUUCGGAGUUUUUUCUUUGAUUGAUUCCGUAGAUUUCUCUUGCGCUUGAGUCGACAGAGGUGGGUGGUGGUGGUGGUGGGGGGGAAGACAAAGGCCCCUCCGCUUGUGUCGUUGAAUUCAUCUGCCGGAGCGAGGAGGGCUGGGUGCGUGAGCGUGCGACCCACCACGUGUUUACUGAGGACCGAACCGUGCGGAGAGAGGGGGCAGCCAUCAGUUACUCGGGACCAGCGUUAAAUUUGUUCACGAGACUUGUGUUUUGUUUUUUACUUAAGCCAAUGAUGACUGCGAGUGGAUGGACAUCAUCGGGCGUGACGCGACGAUGACGACGUAGCAACUGAAAACCCGCGGAAUGACUCGCUGUGACGAGACGAAAUAAACUGGUCUGAAUGAAGACGCAGACUAAGAUAAUACGAUUACACUGGUCAACACACUUUUUCUGGAAUAAGGUAUUCCGACGGUUUUAAGGUAAUUUAAUUUUGGGGUGCUGAUUCCAAAUCUGGCAUCAGUUUUUGUCUAUCACAUCAGGUUUUUGAGAUAUCAAAUAUUGCAUUUUCAAUAAAAACUGCAGAAGAAAAAUAUUAAAUAAAUGUGGAUAUCUGCAUAAAAUGAUAUUAUAAACACACUAUCCUAAAAAUCCAGCAGCAUAUUUUAACACUAAAGCAGUCACUGACUCGCAACAACUUGCAAUCAUAAGUGACAGAGUUUAUUUCGGGUAAAAUCAAUGAAAAUGGGGUAUGCCGAUAGCAUAAAAUGAGAUGUGAUAGAGCAAAUCUGAGAUCAGAUUUGGAAUCGGCACCCUGAAAUUAGUCUAAAACAGCUGCAAAAGUCCAGGCCAGAAAAAAAUGUUUUUUAUUUGUUGACCAGUGUAAUUCGUUGUUCGCUACCGCAGUGUGCCAAGCUGCAGCAAACAUGAUCAUUCGUUGUGUGUGUGUAUACUAGGCUCGCUGACCUGAUAACAUUGGGAGAGGGAACGUUGCCUGCUUCUCACAGCAAUAUUUAAUAAAUUAGAGUGGGGACUACAUUUUCGGUUGAUUUAGUCGACUAGACUUCGAGAAUGGGUAUAUGAAAUCCACGAACAAAGGCUAAACUGCACAGGUUGUCGUCAUCAACUCGACUAAGACGAAAAUGACAACAAAUUCCGACUAGGUUAACACUGCCCGGUGCCUCCUCUUGUCUCCCGUCAUUUCACCUCCUCAUCAACUAAACUAAACAUUUAUUUUAUUUUACCACUGAGCUAUAUAACUCUUUUUCAGAAGCAACCUGGCCACAACCGAUAGCUCAAAGAAAGUGGCUUAUCAUGUGGAAAUGCAUUUCAGACUAAUACUCUAAACGAAUGCCCAUUCUAAAUGUGGAGGGUCAAACCGGAGGGCCCGGAGAAAAAUCGAACCACGGGGAUAACACGCAAACUCCAACUAUACAACAGGCGUCAGGGUCGGGGAUCGAACCCACGACCUCCUGUAUACCAGGCGAGGGAGUUAACAUCUCGUCACCGUGUUGGCGUGGUCACCAUUCGCCUUGCGAAACGGGAAGCACUUGAGAUCCAUAAUUACGUAAAGAGCGCAGCCACCUUCAGUUACGUUGGGAUGCAUUUUAUGUUUUUGUUAAAUGGACCACAGUCCUCACACAUUAAGACCCCUUGACCUUUGUAAGCGUAGCCCACGGCCCACAAGCACAAGCGAUCUCAGUCCUAACGCAGCACAGUUUCAGCACAACCUAGGGUUGGGUCAGGACCAAUUUAAUCUAUCGGUGCACACACACACUGCACCUCCGAUUAGCACGGUUGGCUACGUACGCUGCGAAAUAAGUUCAACAUACAGACCACGACAGAUGUUCCAUUUUGUGUGGCCAUGCCAUCCGACUCGAGUUUAUUCAGAAGAAAGCAUAAAUAUCCAGGUGCCAAAAAAUUAUGAGCAUCAUUUAUUGUGUAGUAUAUACCAGAGACAUAUAUGGACGUUAAUUCGGGAGAGGAAUAUGCACUUCGGAGAAUAAAUGUUUAUGUUUGGUGUGGAUCCAACGCUCGCGAGAGGCAGUGAGUCAAGGUGACUGACAUUACGGAGUCGCGUGUGCCUCCAAGGCCCCAUGUCCAAGACCAAACGCAGAUCAACUGGUCUCGAAGGCACGCAACUGUGAAUCCGCAAUGUGCCACGUAAUACGAUCGCAAGUAACUCCUGCAUUCGUUUAUGGCUUUUGUUGAGGAUAUUGAUUCGUUCCGGGAUGGAAGAGGGGUGGGUGGGGCAUUGAUGAUGAUGGUGCAGUUUUAAUUGCUGUGGAAUAACCGGAAGAUUAUGGAUUGGCGGUGAUGGUCUGGAGCACCCAUUCAUCCUGCGUUGUGAAAUUCCGUUCAGCAAGGUUAGUAGGAUGACCUGUUCACUUACUCUUAUGCCUGUCGCCGAAAUGCUGUUAAUGAAGAUGACCGAACGAGAUGGUAAAACAAACACAUUUCUAGACACGACGAGGUGGGAAAACGAGGCCUGCGUCGGUCCGCAGGGGGAAACUCGUCAGGAACGCAACGCUCGUGCGUACGUUCCCGCAUUGAAGGGGAAUGUUAGGGGGAGUCCCUUUUAGUUUCGAGGGUGCAAAGGAAGAAAAAGUGUCGGGUGAAAUUGACUCUGACUUGGAAUUGCCCGAGGGACCAGUAAUUUCUACUGCAAUACAAAGGCGUGACUUGGAAACGUGUGGAAUAUUUAAUUCACGACUUUUAUUGGUCAUUCUUAGAUAUUGUACAGUGUGAAAACUUGUACGAUUAGUGUGCACUUUAUUUAUUAGUUAUUUAUUAGUUAUUUAUUUGCCCUACGUUCAGCGCCGUUGCGAGUGUUUGUGGCCCGAUGUGGCUUUUAGAAUUUGACAAAAUAGCGGGCGUAUUUCAGCCUGCUAUAAAACAGUACAUGCUACUCAGAGUACAUCUAAACAAUAAUUGUAAAAAAAUAUAUAUAUAUAUACGGUACAUACAUAUAUAUAAAAUAAAAAUUCUAAGACCUAUAUUAAUAUACAUAGUAAAAUAAUUUUUAAAAAGCCUCGGCACGAUGUUUUUGCUUCACAGCAAUAACGCUGGGGCGUGCGAUGUCCCCUCCCCACCCCACCGUGUUAUCCGUGUGCCGAGGCGACGCCUGGAAUAAACCAUUUUCCCACGCCACCCUCGAAAAGUUUUAUCUCAGGCGGACCGCAUCCCCGUCAGCCGGGCAAGCUGUGUGUUGUCAACGAGGCUCAAACGGCUGACGUUUAAAUGCUCGGAUCCUGCUUUAGUUUGUUUUUCGUAGCCUCGCACGGCGUACUCGCUGGCUUGUACGCGGGGGGGAGGUCUCCCGACGUAAAACUUCCCAACGAUCGCACCUCUGGUUUAGCGCGUUCGGCCGCGGUACGGUGCGAAAGAAGUUCAACGUCAAUUAUCGCCGUUGCUUCGGGCCACUGACGAGGCCAAUGCGCGCGCAUUCGUGGACGCAGAGCCGCGGGAACUGCUCGCUGCUGCUCUGUCGGAGUGUCCAGCAAGUGGAGGAGCAGUCGGCUUCAACGUCGCCGCCGAGCAAAGCAUUUGCGAUGGGGCAGCUGCGGUAACUUUGGUGCUGCAGUGGCGGAGAGUGGAGGUUUCGCCCGGCGAGUGAAGAGGAGAGUUUGUUUAAUAAGCGACGACGAUUGGUCCUACAGAGCGCAGAGCCCUCGGGUAGCAGUGUGAUGAUGUAUCAAUCCGUGAAUUGACAUUCCGCAGUAACCCUCCCACGCGAGCAGCGAUGAGAGUUGUUCCACAUCGAGGCAACCACUUCUCUUUUCGCAUUAGGAAGCGGCGCGGCGAAUAUUUCCUAGCUGCGAUUGCCCCAAAAAUUGCCCUGGUGCGCCGUGACCCCUGUAGACGCGACCGCGUUGGCGGUGGCGGUCGGGAGAGAGUGAGAGACGCGUGGGGGCGGCAGUGUCCGCCCAGCGUGUGCCGCUGCCGCUACACGAGGCCAACGCGGACCUCGCCGCGUGUCCCUCGCGUCCGUAUCGACGGCUGCGUUGCAACCCCCCAGCAGCAGCACCCCGACGUGUCGCGCGUCCUUCCGUCGAGCGUUUGAACGACGCAGCUCUUGGUGGGCUGCUGACCGCGCGGUGGUUAUUACGGCAAAACUCCUCCCCUUUGUGAUUUGAGGAUUGUGUUUUCUGCGUCGUUUCUUUUCCUUAAGCGUUCCCCUUUAGAGAAACUCCCCCGCCCCUCCAACCUCCCCCGUUGCUAACACGUGCAGAUGAGCAUGAGCCAGAUGACUCGAUGGAUCCACGUGUUUAUAUGUUCGAGCAGACACUCCUCUCUCCUCCGUCCCUAACUCCCACCCCUAUCCGUGCCAUUGCUAGGGCUUUUCAGAUGCCGUAGUUGUGGGCUACUACGCUCAAUGCUUUUGAUUCUGCGUGAGCCAUGCUCGUGUGUGUGUGUGUGCGUGCGCUUCCUCGCUUUUCUUCGGGAAGAACAGGGAGAGGUUAGGCAAUUGAAAUAACAAAAUAUGAAAGGCAGCUGAAAAUGUGUAAUUGUCAAUAAUUUUUCAUAUUCAAGUUUACGUUUCUAGAUUUCAUGGAGAAAAACAAUUGGGACCAAAUGCGACUGUGUGAAUCUAAAUUGAAUUGAGUUGUUUAGUUUACUGUUCCGAGGUAAAAUAAGUUUUACCUGUUGGCAUAUCCCCUGAAAUUGUACAUAAAUUACCAAAAAUGCAAUAACUUUAAUCUCUCCCGCAUCAGAAACCUGUGGCCAGUAUGGUAUGGGGAAUACUGUACAUCACAAGUUAUUAAUAUUGUUGAUUGUUGCAAAAAAAAAUGGUCGCAUGUUUAUUUUCACUCAAGGUGAAAUGCAAGCUUAUAUCUCCACUCAAAGGCCUUUAAAAUUAUGACCUUUAGGCCUCCUCAACAGAGAGGGGACUUCGUUACAGCAUGGCUGCAAUCAGCCCGGUGGCCUUCCCCAAACAAAAACAUCCUCUUGUAAUUCAACGCCAUCACUUAUAAAUACAAAUUAAUCAUACCAUGCGAACGGAACGAAAAGCAUCGACCUUAAUUUGCGUAUUACAACGAAACUGAGAAGCAAUUUUAAGUGGCCUUGAGAUGCCAGGUUGGAAGUCUGGGAGGCCGGGCGCCUUUCCUGCUGAGGUAAUCCCAACAAGGCGAGGGGUGACACCUCUGGGGUUGACCUCACAGAUGGGGUCAAUGUGCACAGAGGUCAGCCAUCGUCCUAGGGCCUCACUGCGCUGUUCCUUCUCCGAGUCACUGCUUGCUCCGUCUUCCUCUGCCCAAGAGCAAUUUUCUUUUGUCAGGGUGACCUUGCUUCCUUCCUUACUGUGCAUGCGAAAUCACGGCAAAGCAACUGUGCUGCCAAAGUGGAGAACUAGGUGUGCUGUAACUACUGUGUCCGUAACGUGUAACUUGAGGCCGCAAGCCCUCAGCCGGUGCGAAACUUGACGGAAUCCACAACAAAUUGUGCGAGUCUAGGCCGGCCCACCGAGAGUUUUUUGGAGGCCUGCGGGGAAAUGCCAGAUGCGGCCUUCCGCUGAGGCCACGUCAGCCCUUUCUGAAGGCCCCCUCGGGCCGCUACCCUCCCCUCCCUCUCCCCUCCUUCUCUGGACCUGUGCUAGGGUUACCACCUCCUCUAAGGUACUACAACAAAAAAACUGUGAACAUGUUCAUGGAAAGAAGAGGAAUAUCCCACAACACUUGAACAGCGUCAUGUCAAUUGCAUUGAGUAAUGUGUUUUUUACGCAACUGACAAAAGCCGGGACUUUUAACGUCUUACGUAUUUCCCAGGGAAAUCAACCUUAGAAAAAAGACAACGAUCCACGGAAAACCAGGGCGGGUGGCAACCCUACCACAAACAUAGCCCACGUAAAUCGUGCUUUGCCGACACAUUUUGGUUGCAGAAACGUGUGCGUUUUUUCCUGAGCGUUCUGUCCCGGGAAGGGAUCAGAACGUGAGAUGCUGAGGGCCACGCGAAGCACGGCUGACCGAUCCUGAGCCAAGGAAGUGUGGGGUGGGGGGGGGGGCGUGCUUGUGAACGUCUCUGCGUCGGCCUUCACAAGCGGUCCGACGGCAAUCAGCUUGAACACUUCUCAUUGAACAAAAAACUAUCAAGAUUCUCAACGCGGUUCCGCGCAUCGCGGUAAACCGCCUUGCGUGUUAUUGCCCACUCCCCCACUCUCCCCCCGGCAUCGUUCUUCCCGUGUGCUUUGUGCAGAGCUUUGGGGGGCCGUUUGGAACUCGUAAGGGAAUGCAUGAGGUCCCAGGGGCUGCAAUUAAGCCACCCUGGUUCUUAUUGUUUAUUUUUAAAGGACGAUUUUCCGUAGAAUACAACGCAUUAAAAGCGAAUUACACGUUUCUCCUAAGGCAAUGAUGCUACCAAUCAGGGGAGGGAGGGAGGGAGGGGCGGUGGACAUGUGGCCAGGGAAGGUGUUCGUGUGUUUGUUAAGUGUCGCUGCGUGUCACGUUCCGGCGGCGCGGGCGUGCGUGCGUCGCCACGUGCCCGGCUUGUUUCUUGUCGAAUUCACGAGUGCGACGCGCACGCGCGUUCAAGUGUCCCGUGCGCUCUUCGCGGAGUGUUGUGUUCGUGGUCAGUAGCUGUCCGUGAUGUAAGUUUCCAUAGUGUCCUCGUGUGCCGCGUGAAUGUGCUAAAUAAAGAGGCGGUGCGUCCGUCACCCCACCUCUGC